UGUAUUGUACUCUACAAAUAAUUCGACCCUUUAAGAAAGCAUUUGAUUGAGAUCAACAAAGAAAUGGCGAAACCAUUGCUUGCACUGUUGGUUCUAGCCCUGUUCCUCCCCUCAGUUUAUGGCGUUGUCCCAGUGGGAAGCCCGACCAGCAGCAACUCAGGCACCGGUGUUCCAGACGUCGCAGUAACAAGUGUAGCCAAGGAGUUCCUUGAACCUCACAACCAAGCAAGAGCUGCAGUUGGAGUUGGUGCUCUCAAGUGGAGUGAAAAUCUAGCCAAUGCCUCUGGCCGCCUUGUUAGAUACCAAAGAAACAAAAUGGGGUGCCAAUUUGCUAACCUGACGAAUGGCAAAUACGGUGCAAACCAAUUCUGGGCAAGCGGCACGACGGCGACGCCACGCAUGGCGGUUGACACUUGGGUCAAGGAGAAAAACUACUACAAUCAUGCUAAUAACUCAUGUGCACCAAAUCACAUGUGCGGUGUUUACACACAAGUGGUAUGGAGGAAAUCUCUGGAGCUGGGGUGUGCUCAAGCUACUUGUGCUAAGGAGCAGGUUACUUUAACCAUAUGUUUUUAUAAUCCUCCUGGAAAUUAUGAGGGAGAAAGCCCGUAUUAGAUAAAUUAACUUGUAGUGUAGCCUGGUCUCGUUUUCUGUAUGCAAAGUUUAGGGUCCAAAUUCUGUCUCUUUUGUUUAAGAGAGAAUCAGGGUUCAGGAAUAGCAGUUUAGUGCUCAAUAAUUUUGAUUCAACCAUUCAAACCUGAGCUCUGCUUUGAUAUUAGAAUUUGGAUAUUAUCAUGUUUUAUCAAUAAAAGAAGGGCUUCUGUAGAUUAACAUGAUGGCAAUUAU